CAAUGCCAUCUGAUAGUUCGAUAAUGUAAUUUGCAGCCCUGUGUUCAACAUUCACAAAUCAGUACGAAAACCGACCGACAGAUGUCGCUUGCGGCAUCCACAAAUAAAAGAACCUCUGUGAUUGGCUGACUGUACACCUCUCAAGUGGACUAUGUUAGAUCUAAUGUGCAAUUCCUCCGCGAAAAAACGGAACUAUAUCUGAGCGAAACGCAGAAGCACCUACAGCAAAGACAGUCGUAGUAAGAUUGUGUGUAUUGGAUAGCCCUAGCCUAGCCAGGCAGCCAGGCAAAGGAAAACCACACAAAAAUGAGCGGUCGCGGUAGCCGUAAGCGCGGUCGACCGCCAAAGACGCCAAAUGAGCGGACUUCAUCUGGACGCUUCAGUUAUCAAUUGCUCAAAAAGCCGAAAUAUCUCAGCGAAGGAAAAUCGCAGGCAAGCACACCGUCCGCUUCGCGCGGCAUUUCCCCGCAAAGCGACGAGUGCAGUCGCAGCAGCCAUAACAAUCACAGCCGUGGGAACCGUGGCAGUGCCGCCAAGAGAGGACGCGGCCGCAAGUCGAACGUGCAACCCAACACCAGCAACUACUCCGGAAGAAAAGGGUACGAGUCGGAAUACCACUACGGAUCGGACUUCGGAGACUCCGAUGAGGAUAAAACCGAUAACGAGGAUGACCUAUUGCUAACGCCCAGCGAUGACGAAAGCUUGGAUGCGGGCAACGAGAGUGAGUCGGAAUUUUCCGUGUGCAGCUUCACCCAGAAUGGAGUGGGUCGGCCGCCACGUCCGCCCAGUCCGGAGCCCAUCUGGCUGCAAGAGGGACGGAAGUAUGCCGCCCUGGAUUUGCCGGACUCAUCGGAGGACUUGUCCAUGGCCAACGCACACGUUUUGCGCGCCCUCAGCAUCUACGAAGUGCUGCGACGUUUCCGGCACUUGGUUCGUCUCUCGCCGUUUCGCUUUGAAGACUUCUGUGCGGCCUUAACUUGCGACGAGCAGAGUGCUCUCUUGUCGGAUGUACACAUAAUGCUGCUGAAGGCGAUCCUGCGCGAAGAGGACGUCCAGGGCACACACUUUGGGCCGCUGGAUCAAAAGGAUACGGUCAACAUUAGUCUGUACCUCAUCGAUGCCAUCACCUGGCCGGAAGUUCUGCGCAGCUAUGUGGAGAGCGACAAGACAUUUGAUCGUGAGGUCUAUCAUAUCCUGAGCCGAUCAGAAUAUCCAUACACCGGCAUUGAAAACCGUCUGGCCGUGCUGCAGUUCUUGGCGGAUCAGUUCUUGACAGCCAAUUCCAUACGCGACGUAAUGCUCCAGGAGGGACCCAUUCACUACGACGACCAUUGCCGAGUCUGCCAUCGACUUGGAGACUUGCUCUGCUGUGAAACCUGCCCAGCAGUCUACCACUUGGAAUGUGUGGAUCCGCCAAUGAACGAUGUGCCCACUGAGGACUGGCAGUGCGGAUUGUGUCGCUCGCACAAGGUCAGUGGCGUCAUUGACUGCGUGUUGCCCCAAGAGAAGCAGGGCGUAUUAAUCAGGCACGACAGCCUGGGAGUCGAUCGCCACGGCCGCAGAUAUUGGUUCAUUGCCCGGCGAAUUUUCGUCGAGGAUCAAGUGGACUCCAGCUGUUGGUACUACAGUACAACGAAUAAGUUGAAGCUACUGCUCAAACGAUUGGAUCCUGAAGAACUGGAGACGCGCCUGCACGCCCAGCUAACGGAGCGCCGCGAGGAGAUCGAGCGCCAGAUGAAGUUGACAGAGUCGCUCACCAACGAAAAUAAGCACACCAAGCGCAGUUUGAUAGACAUGGAGCAAGAGGCUACGAAGGAACUACUAGACAAGGAGAUACUGGACGGUACGGCCGAAGCCGAGUCCGACCGCAAAUCCGACGACCAGUCGGCAGAGGCAGCGAAAAGGUCGGAGGAGACCAAAAUGGUCACGCGCCAGAAGACCAGCCAACUGAACAACGGCACGCUUUACUUUAAGCUCGGCAUGGAACAAGGAUUCAAGAACUACAUCAACCAGUACGCCUCGAAUCCCAUAGCCCUCAACAAGCCGCAGCGCAACGAGGAGCGGGACAAGCGACGUCACCUCUCGCACAAGUUUUCGCUGACAACAGCCUCCGACUUCAAAUGGAUCGGCAUCACGAUGGGCACACCGGAUAACAUGAUUACAACGCUCAGGCAGACGCUGAUUAACUUUGAAUCGAACAUAACGCCGCCGUUCCUGAACCCGAACUGGCAGGUCAACAAGAAGGUCUGGAACACGGCCGUCAUGAACGCCCGACACGCCACUGACUUUGCGACUGUGCUGCUGCUGUUUCAAUCGUCGCUAAAGAGUGUGGUCUUCGCGAAUGUUUGGCACGAACAGCUCGGCCACAGAGCCUUGCAGCGCAUCACCAGCGCCGAGCGCGAAGAGCGCAAGAAGCUGGAGAAGCGCGAGAAACGGGAGCGCGACGACGAGGAGGAACGCAAUCGACUGGCAUUUAACUACAUCAAGUAUUCCCUGGGACUGAAGCACCAGGUGUGGAAGCAGAAGGGAGAGGAGUAUCGUGUGCACGGCCAGUGGGGCUGGCUGUGGCUCUCGAGCAGUCGACGCUGCGGAAUUCGCGCCAGACGGGCCCAUCCCCGAGCACACAACAGAGUUUUCGUCCACUACACCAUGGGAGACGAGAACGACGUCAACGAGAUUGUCCUGGUCGAUCCACGCACGAAACGGUUCAUGCAGCAGUGCGAGUCGAACAGUGUCGACGGCCAGAUGUGCCCCUAUCUGCCGGAGGAGUACACGAACGUGAAAGUGGUCGAGGAUGUUGACAAGCUGGCGAGUGUCAAGGGCAUCAUCGACGUCAGCAAAGCCCUGAACGACCCGGGACGUAUCUACUACCCGAAGCUUGCUCGCAAAUGCUGGAUCGACGACCUAUUGGAGCGACGCAAGAAAUUGGCCAAGGUAGAGGAGCAGCUCGCCUUGAAGGGAGUCACCGACGUGAAGCCCUUCGCCAUACCAUCGUCGGGCAGUGCGGCAGCCGCCGGCAAGCAGACCUACUUGGAAAAGUGCCUGCUGCGUCUCACGGAAGUGUCGGCAAAGGGAGGGUCGGCCAACGUCAAUUUUGAGCUCGUCAACUCGCUGGCCAAGCAGAUCCAGACUGUGCGCCUGCAGUUCAGCCAGCUCAACCGCUUCGCCAAGACCUUCCGCUGCUACACCAAGGAGUGCAACACCAACUCGAACGCCGUAUCUCAAAUCACACAAAACACGUGCUACUCGCCGCUGUGUCUGCAGAAGGCCCGUGCCAAGAAGGAACUUCUGCUGCUGCUGCGGAAGGCGCACACCGCGGGCAACGGCUCCAAGGAGACGGUGGCCGCCAUCCUGGGUGCCGUCAAGAAGCCCUCUAUUCUCGAACAGAAGCUGACCGAAGGCAAACGGGAAGCCACUCAGCUUUCAGUCGACGAGUCGGAUGAUGCAAAGGCGGCGGAAACCGAAGCGCCGCUGGACCUGCUCCAAGACUGGGAGCAGGCUCGCGCGCACUCUGUGGCCUUCACUGAGCAGCUAUUGAGCGACUGCCUGCUGGUGGAGCCAGAUCUUCCCAACAAUGCCAGAGUCAAGAAGGAGGAGGAGAUGGUCCCCGGAAGCAGCACGAACGCCGACUCCAGCACGCAAGACUCGGACAAAAUGGACUUCAUCGAAAGCAUGGACGUUUGCAGCAACGUGGAGAUCGAGAGCACUGAGGAUUCGAUUGUUACGGCGAUAAACACCUCGUGCUUGGACGCCAGCGCCGAGGACGUAGACAUGCGCCCCGGAUCGCGUCGAAAACGUUUCCAAAAGUCCAAGAAGGCCUACAUCGGAACCAAGGACGUGUUGGAUCACACGCUGGACAAGGAGAUACCACUCAAGCAGAAUCGCCGUUUUCGCAUCAGCUCUCGUCCGGUCAAGCGCGACUGCUGCACGAAAUACGAGCGGGAGUACUUCGAGAACGGAAAGGAGCGCGUCUACAGCGCUGUCUCGCCGCGUGGGCGUGUCUAUCUGAUCAACGACUGGUCCAAGCUGUACGACCAGGCCGUUAAGAGCGAGGACAAGACCACGGUCAUGAAGAAGGCCACGUACGCCAGGUACCCUCUCAUCUCGAACUUCCUUACGCACAAAAAGAAGCGCAGCCUGUUGGUUCUGCCGCGCUACGAGCUCCGAAAGCUGGCGCGUCUGGGCGGACGAUCGGCCACGAAUGGCUUCCACCACGGGGCCAAGAACAACUCCAUUUGGCAGUAUCAGUGCUCGCGUCCGCUCUUCCGAACCUGCUGGUCCUACCGCACGUGCAACGCCACCACGCUGUCCUGCAUUGCCCUCCAGCUGCGGAUAUUGUGGUCGUGUCUGCGCUGGGACGACAUGAUAGCCAAGCCGCCGUCUACCGAUGGCAAACAUCAGGUGACAACCGAGACGGAAAUUGUCACCCUGGAGCUGUUGAAGCUGCGCCAUGCAGGCCGCUACGGCGAGAAAACCAGCUACUUGCGGCGCAAAGUUGUGAUCCCUCUGGAGAUGCCAAAGACGAUUAGAGAGGUCACGUCGAUACGGUCUGGUCUGCGCAAACGGAAGCGCGCUGAAUCUCCGCAGCCAACCGAGCCGCAAAUAAGCGAGGAGUGGGUCGAGGAGGACAAGCUCGAGCUGUGGGAAAUCAAAUUCAUAGGCGAGAAACAGGAAAAGGCCCGCCUGUCCACAGUGACGCGUUCUGUGGCAUCGCGGCAGCUGGAGUCGACCGGCGGCGGCAGUCCGGGCACAUCCACCAACGGAACGCUGAUCGGUGCCGGUCGUGUCCAGCUGGCCCCGAAGCCCAACGAAGACGUUAAGGAGAAAAUGGAACAGCAGUUGAAGCUACAAAGAGCCGCGCAUCAGCAACGGAAGGUCAUCGCCACAGGCGAGCUAGCCAGGGCCGGAACUCCAGUCAAAGGCCAGAUAAUUGGCAGCAGGCGCGUAAUCGUUAAGAAUCCAGAUGGCACCACGCGAAUCAUCCAGCAGGCAGUCACACAAGUGGCCCGAGCGGCCCCAGCGAACGCGUCGUCAGCCGCCGCUUCCCACUCAGCGCAGAGCACAUCCAACACACAGAGCACGCAGUCGGCACCCACCCCGCACAAGGUACAAAUCAUCCGUGGCCCGGAUGGCAAGGUGAGCGUGAGGGGACUGAACCCUGGACAGCAGCUGGUGCAAAUGCCGGACGGAAAGCUGCACGUGUUGACAACUUCAUCGAGUCCGGCGACCCAAGGAUGCAAAGGCAAGGUAUUACCCAUCAAAUCUCUACCCACACAGUCGUCCACAGCCGCAACGUCCACGUCGGCCGCUGCUACACUAGCGGCACCCGCAGUCAAACAAAUGGCCGUGAAACAUGUCGCAAAGCCUACCGGGGCCCAGUCAAUAGCGUCACAGCGGGUUGCCUUACCUCUCGCACAGAUAAAGAACAAAAUGCUGAUGGCCCAGCAGCAACAGGUGUCGGCAGCAGCAGCAGCGGCAGCCACAUCGGCGCCCCCAGUGCAGAAAAUUGUGACGAAAGUCGUCAACUCGAGUGCCGCCGGACAGAAUAUGCAGCAAGUAUUCGUGCAGCCUGGCUCCAAGCUGGUAGUUGGUCAGAACGCUCAGGGACAAAAGGUUAUCAUAUCCGCCUCGUCCACACAAGCGGCCACAUCGGCAGUGCAACAGCAGCAGCAAAUUGUACAGACUCAAGCCCUGCCACAGCAAAUCCAACAGGCCCCCCCACAGCAGCAAUCGCAGCAAAUGGCGAUCAACCAGGUGGGGAGUCAACCAACACAGAAAGUAAUACAGCAAAUCGUUAACACAAGUAAUGUCCAACAACAGAUAGUGAUAGGGGGGCAGCGCAUCAUUUUGAGCCCCGGUCAGACUAUUGUUACGCAGCGAAAUGUGCCGCAGAGCCAGGCCCUGCAAAUGGUCCAGCAACAGAUUCAAACCCAGCAGCAGCAGCAGCAGCAACAACAGCAACAGCAGCAGCAGCAACAACAGGUCCAGCAGCAACAGCACAUUGUGCAGCCACAGCAGCAAUAUGUUGUGCAAACGAAUCAGGUUGUUCAAUCGUCGACCACGACUCAGACAAAAUUAGUUAAACAGCUCGUGGUGCAACAGCAAGCCCCACCGCCAGCAGUGGAGGAAAAAGCCCCGAUCAACGCCGCCAAUGAGGCCACUGAAACGGCCACCCAGCAAGUGCUCGUGCCGAACUCGACCCUGGCACAACAGCUGGCCCAGGGCAAGCUGCAGGUGGCCACUGUCAAUGGGCAGCAAGUGAUCGUGAAGCCCCUGGGGAACAACCAGGCCCAGAUUGUGGCACACAUUAAGCACCAGGGGGACGGUAAUGCGCACAUCGUCACCAACAACACGGCACCAGCAGUGCCCCAGGAAAGUCCGCAGAGCUCGCCGGUGAAGCACUCGCAGCAGCAGGCUCUGGCGUCGCACAGCCCACAACAACAACAGCAGGUUGUUGUCCAGCAACAGCAGAUUGCACAGCAGUGCAGCUACGAUACUGCCGCCGCCUCCAUACCACAGCAGCAUGUGGCGUCAGGAGCUGUCCAGCCACAAGGACAGACACCACAGCAACAGCAGCAGCCGCAGCAACCCAUGAGCGUGGAAGAGAGUCUUCUUCAGAACCAGCCGCCCGGCACGGUCAUCAAAUGCGUUACGGCACAAGUACUGCAAACCGAGCACGGGCCACGCAUCGUGCUGCAGGGCCUGGUAGGCAACGACUUUACGGCCCAGCAGCUGCAGCUGGUGCAGACGCAGGUGAAGCAACAGCUAAUGAAAGCCCAAGAAUCUAACGGCAAGCUGGGAGUCCUGGGGCCGACUAAAAUCUACCUGGCCGUGCAGCCGGAGACCACGGCUCAAUCGCAACCACCUCCCCUUACCCCAGUACACCAGUCGACUACACAUCAACAAGUUGGUGGCGGCAUGCUAAAAAUUUGUUUAUUGAAUAUGAAUUUAAUAUCUGAAGAAGACGAUGGCGAUGGCGAUAGCGAUGGCGAUGACAAUGACGAUGACGAUGAAAUAAUCGUCGUCUGCAGUCCACAGGAAGAAAGGCCGAACCGAGAAGAGACUCAAGAUAUCAAACCGCAUUUCCGUGAUUGCUCGCCGAGCCACACCAACAUUCUAGUUGAAGAUCAAGACAAUAACGAACAGGAUCGCUUGAAAAAAUAUCAAAGUGAAGACCUUACACGAUGUUCAUUGCAGCCCAACAUCGACAACGACACCACCGGGCCAACAACAACACCAACAACAACCACAACCACAAUCCCAACCACAUUUGAAGCCAGCCCAAUCAUUAUAAAUAAAGCCGUAGACACUGGAAGCGAGCAGGAGCCGGCCGGCCCAUGUGCCCAGGCCGAUAAAACUAAUAUUAAAAUUAACACGCCACCCCUUGGUGCCUCUGCGCUGCUAGAGGGCAUAGAGCACGACGAAAAAUCAAUCCACAUUAGUAACACAACCAUGGACAAGGGCGGAGAGGAGAACCAAAGUGAAAGCUUUGUCAUCACCAGCGGUUACAUACAAGAGUCCAUUACAAACGCACUUAAGCAGGGCAAUCUGAGUCCGGAACUAGAAGAGAAGUUGGUCAAUAUGCGCAAGCAGCAGGAACAACCGAAUGCUGCACACAGCUUGAAUGACGGGGAUUUGUCGUCUAGCGAGGACACAGGCACUUUAAAUCGCCGCAGCACGCUAUCGCGCCAGCAAAAUAGCGAUGAUCUUGAUUGGAAAACUAGGACCGCAACGAAACGUCCAAACGCUAUGACAACAAGCAGUCAAUUUAAUCGUAUUCUUAAAAAAAGCCGUAUUCAGAAAGAAGAUAUAGUAGACAUCAGUGAACAGAAACAAUCCAAGUUAGAAAAGCACAAAGAAUUGCUUAAGAAAAGCAUCCUUCGUAAGCGAUCAUUAUUAGAACGCAACUUACAAAACGAAAUACGCGAAGAAGUACAGAAGAAAGUCCAGCGCCAUGUGCGAUCCUUGAGUGUCGCCUCACCAGAAGAGCAUAGCGAAAACGAAAGAGGAUCCAUAUUUUCCGAUCGUCGCGAUGAGCAAAAUAUUGAACAGAAGCGGUGUGUCAAGGUCAGCACCAGUCGAAAUCUCCGGGAGGAAGCCCUUGCAGACAACAGCAGACAUGGCGUCGGAAGGCCUAAGAAGUUGACAAGGAAAAAGGAAAAGUUAUAUUGCGUUUGUCGCACACCUUACGAUGAAACAAAAUUUUAUGUGGGCUGUGACCUGUGCAGCAAUUGGUUUCAUGGCGAUUGUGUUAACAUCACCGAAGAAGCUUCGAAGAAACUUUCUGAAUUCAUUUGCAUUGAUUGCAAGAAGGCACGCGAAACAGAGGAACUCUUUUGCAGUUGUCGCCAACCAUACGAUGAUUCACAAUUUUAUAUUUGCUGCGAUAAAUGCCAGGGUUGGUUCCACGGCCGUUGUGUCGGUAUACUACAGAGCGAGGCUGAGUUUAUAGACGAGUACGUAUGCCCCGAGUGUCAGCGGAAGACAGAUGCAAACGCAGUCAAUAUGAAAACCCUUACGUCCGAUGAAACUAACGAGCUAAAGGAGUUAAUUAAGCAAAUACAGCUGCACAAGAGUGCUUGGCCGUUUAUGGAGCCGGUUGAUCCGGAUGAAGCGCCAGACUAUUACAAAGUAAUUAAAGAACCAAUGGAUCUCAAACGGAUGGAAACCAAACUCGAAUCAAAAGCGUACACCAAACUCGCCGACUUCAUUGGCGAUAUGACAAAAAUUUUCGACAACUGCCGCUACUACAACCCAAAAGAAUCGUCCUUUUACAAAUGUGCUGAAGCACUGGAAUCGUACUUUGUGCAAAAACUUAAAUGCUUUCGCGAAAAUGUUUUUGGCCAGAGUAAUUAAAAGCAUUAGCUAAGCUAUUAAAUCUUAAGUUAAGCCAGUUUUGAUACGAAUGAAGUAUCUAAUCUUUUGCAACCAUAAACAUUUAACACGUGCGUUUGUUAUACCAUACAUUUUUCAUACCAUAACAGAACUAACUAAAAUUACAAAUUACAAAAUACAAAAAAUAUGUAUGUAAAUACUAUUCAUCAUGUAAACACAUAUAACUAUUGUAUGAAAUAUAACUGCAGAGCCGUGUAAUAUACAGAAAUAAAUAUUCUAAUAGAUAUCAUAAUUAGGUAAGAAGAAAUCAUAGUAAUAUGCGGGGAACCCAACCGCUCAAUUAUAUCCUUUUGUACAUAUAAUGCAGCUGUAAAUAAAUAACGUAUGCAUUUUUUUAUAUUGAUCUGAUUGACAUACCGUAGACUUAAAAAUCGUAUGCUAAGUUGUAAAAAUACAUGCUUAUUCCUAAUAAUAAA